GUUUUGUGUUAUUAUUAAUCAUUAUUAUACAAUGAAAACAAUAUUAAUAUCUAUUAUUAUUGUUAUCAACAUAAACAGCAACAGCAAGGCUUCCUUGGAUAGUUUCUUGCCGACCAACAAUGUACUAGUGGACACCACGAAAAACUACGACAAGUCGUGUCAUAGACCUUGUAAAUUCAAUGUGAAACCUCGAAAGUGCAACUACGAUUUUGUAAUUGGACCGACUGUGGAUGGAGAUGGACGGGCAUCGAUAUCCAUCAACGGGCAGAGUCCAGGGCCAGCUAUACACGUCUGCCUGCAUGAUACCGUGGUAGUGAGGGUGAAGAACAAGUUGACCCAGGAUGUGGCUAUCCAUUGGCAUGGAAUCGAGCAGAAGGGAACCCCGUAUCAUGAUGGAGUGCCCAUGGUCACCCAAUGUCCCAUCACGUAUGGGUCUACCUACCAGUACGCGUUUGUGGCUUCGUCGCCUGGAACAUACUUCUAUCAUGCAGAUUCAGUAAGCCAACAAAGUGACGGACUUUUCGGUUCACUGAUCGUUGACCAGCCGAGACCCCAAGAGCCACAUUCGUCGUUAUACAAUUUUGACAACAGCGACCAGAACACAAUAUUGAUAUCGGCUAAGUUCCCAGAAUUGCUCACCGAUAGAUUAACAGACAAGAAUACGAUAAGACCAGAGGGAAUAGCACUGAAUGGAGAAAGUGGCAAUUAUAAGGCAUACGUGAUACCAGCAAACGCGUACAUGUUCAGGCUGAUCAAUGCGAUUGGAAUCGAGUGUCCAGUGACGGUCAGCGUGCAGGAGCACGGACUGACAGUGAUAGCGACCGACGGAAGACCAGUGAAGCCAGUGUCAACGAGAGCGGUGAAGUUAUAUCCAGGUGAAAGAAUGGACGUGGUGGUGAGAGCUGAUCAGUCUACCGGUGGCUACUGGAUCAGGGUGGCUGGAGAAAAUGGCUGCAGCGGUCUGGAUACGUACGGCAUGUUGCUGUACUCAGGAUACAACUAUACCAUCAUGUUUGAGGAGGGACCGGCGCAUAAUCUGAUUAUUGACGAUGCUGUAGCAGGACAGGACUUACAUUCUCUAAAAGACACCACAUCACCUCCAGAGAUCCGCUCGUACUACCUGGGUAUCGACAGAAACUAUCCUCAAUACAAAGACAGCGAUGUGGACUUCAGUUAUCGAAGCGACGCCAUGCCUAAGUCACCCUUCAUACCAGCUGCUAUGACUAUACAAGAGGGCGUCGUCCAGAUAAACGGCAAGAACUUUUUGUACCCCAACGUUCCUUUACUUUUGAAGCCACAAGAAGUUCUGCCAGAAUCGUCUUGUCUUGUAGGAGAGGAAGCUGAUCAUAAGGACCCACAGUGCGUUCAGACUAUAAAUGCGAAAGCCAAUGAAACGAUAGAACUAAUACUUGUAAACGAAGGUUUUGGAAGUAACGACUCAUACACAUUUCACAUGCAUGGGUACAGUAUGCAGGUUCUGACAACGUGGCAAAGCCCUGCCGGAAUGGCCCUAUCAAAAGAAGAAUUCAUGAAACUGGACACAGAGGGCAAAAUUACAAGGAAUGUACUAAAUCCUCCAAACAAGGACACGAUUCACGUUCCGAACAAAGGAUUUGUGAUUGUUAGGAUAAAGACAGACGUUGGUGGAAGCUGGCUUCUGGAGUGCCGAUCUUGUGGUCUUUCAGCGUUACCCGUUGCAGUACUAAUCAAUGUUCAACAAACAAUACCAAAAUUAGUUGUUGAUUCGUUACCACCCUGUAGUGGGUAUAAACCAGCUGACGUUUUACUUAAUUAAGCAAUUGACUGAAUAGAUAUUAUUAGAUGUAAUAUUAAUUGGUGCUCAAUUUUGCUUGUAUCAUCUCAUUUUCAUCCACAAUAUUGUCGUCAUCAUAUUGUACGUAUGAAAUUCAAAUUUUUUGUUCGUCAUUCAUUGUUUCGUAUUAAUUUUCACUGCCUAUUUAAAUUUCGCUCAAUAUGUGCGAUUUCAUUCAUAUCAUAAUUAUUUUUCUGUUUUUAUUUCUCUCUCUUAGAUCUCA